UUUAGAAGUCUUUCAUGCUUUUGUUGUAGACAAAGUAAUUGACUAGCCAAAAUAAAUCUCAUUUAAAUGUUUGAAUGUGGUUCAAAGUGACGUUAUCAAUUAGCUACUCAAUAAUGUAUGCACUGCAUACUAGCUAGUGCAUUCAACAUAUCAUAAAUUAAGCGGACCGGAGCAGAUAUAUGAUAUUCUGAGUCGGCCGUCAAAGACGAUCAAUAGUUUCUCGUAGAACUUGGCAACGUUAACAAUAAGAAGGACGAUGGUAACAAAGAAGAUAAGGUCGGAGUAUAUGAAGAAAUUCAAAGAUCCAAAAUGGGAAACCUACUCCAAGUGCUACGAGGAUUUGCUGAAGUAUAGACUCACCCGGCGGCUGUUGGAGUACACCCAUAAUCCGUGGUUCUGGGGGGGUUGCGAGAGCGACUCAGACUCCAGCGGGAGGUCGACUCCCCCCAACAAGAACAAGGUCGCUCCCGUGGUCGCCAAAGAAGGAACGGUUCCAGAAGAGUCAUCGGAAGCACAGGAGCAGGGCAAGAAGGCGGCAGCGUUGGAACCGUCACCUCCAGAAGAUGCACAGGACGCUGGGAUCGGGGAACCGAGUCAGGAGGCGGAAGGAAACACGGUGCCGGACGACCACGCCCCCACGAUGCCCAGACUGUCCCGAAAACCAACCAGGACCAAGAGUAAGCCAGCCGCAGCUGCGGCAACCGCCGAGGAGCGGCAUCCCUUCGCUCUGUACGGCUGGGCGGAGCAGCAGGCCGACAUGGCCAGGAAGAAAACGCACAACGUGCGCCCGGUGGCCUCCACCAGGGAGAUUCACGCGUCUGCUUUGCGCGCUAAGAGCAGACGGGAGGUUGAGAAGCGGAUGAAGACACUCGACCGGCGACGCGUGCGCUCAGCAGACCUGGACAAACUGCACAAGGUCAAGCCAGCCCCAGAAUACAACCCCUGGAUGACGGAGUAUAUGCGCUGCUUCUCCGCUAGGUCCAGGUAGGACUGGGGGCACAGGUGCAGGUAAAACGACCGUCUGCACGGACGGCACAUUCUUCCCUCUCACAAUCUUUUGGGCGCAUUGUGGUAAGGGAAUUGGCUUAGCUUUCUCGUAUAACAAUCAGGAUAGAUGGAUCAGGUCAUCUGUCUCACAGACCAAUCAGGAUAGGGAAAUUGUGUCUGAGUUUGUUUAGUUGGUGUUAGCAGUGUAGUGGAGAAGAUUCGUUUAAUCUUGGAG